UAUAUGUCUACAUUCAUGAAGGCAAAAGGUCAUGCAAGCAGUGAAUUGAUCCAUAGCUUCCCUAUUAGAGAAAUUCAUUUUGAUUGGAAAUCUAGAAGUCCGAACUUGGAUUGUGGUGUGUUCAUGUUGUACCAUUGUUGUUUGUACAAUGGCAAAAGAUUUAAAUCUGCUCAUCUCCAUAAGGCUAGGGAGCGCAAACUAUACCGUGCUGAGAUUUGUGCAUCAUUGGUCUUGUCUGACUUAAAUAUAAUUCGAGCCCCUCUCCUUAUUUCUCUUGAAAACUUCAACAAAGAUAGGCAAAGUAUAGUAGUUUCCGUUGUCCAACAUGAAAUAGAGGAGGAAGAGAACAAGAAACAAGGAAAAAGAAAGGAAAAGAAGAUAGACUGUGACAUGACAAUUAAGCAGAGUUAGGAAAUCAAUGUUGAUAGAAAGUUUUUCAUUUUGAACUGUAGAACAUAGAUAUGUUUGUUCAAAGGUUCUUUUAUCGUUUUGUUAACUUUUGAUACAUAUAUUUUACAUAGUUUGAACAUAUUAUUUUCCUAAUAGAAACUAUGAAUUCUUAGUAGUUCUUUGGGUUAUUAUUUGGUAUUUUAUUUUG